GCGCAUGCCCCGUUUUUUGCGUGCGUGUGGUUUCCAACUUUGGCUCGCCCCUCCGGGCGCAAACACCACAACACCUCGCGCCCAUGCGAGGACGCAGCCAUCCAUCCAUCCACCCAGCCCCCACACUCCUUCGGCGCGCGCGUCCGUCCUCGAUCGCGCGCGCGUCGACGAGCUAAGCCGGCCCGGGAAACCCAAGGCCCCUCUCCCUUCCUCAAGCGCGCCGGCGGGCCUCGCCGGCGCGCGACAUUGAGCUCAACCCCCCCGUCGUAGUCGCACGUCGAGCGCCACCACCACCGCCAGCGCGUCGCAUCGUACGUCCUCCACGCGCGGCGCCGUGCUAGGCAACCUCCUCUGCUGAUCGCCCGCCUCCUCAUGAGCGUGUGACCUGCUGUCGAAUGGUGCGGCGGCACCUGCUGCGCGGACACAGCCUGGACAGGUUCCUGCCGAUCAGGAGCCUCAUCAUGUCGUCCAGCUCUUCCUUCUCGUCGUCGUCUCCGUCGCCGCCGCCGCCGUCGUCGUCGUCGUCACGGGGAAGCAGCAGCGGCAGGUGGUGCGGCGUCAGCGUGGCCGAGGAGGACGAGGACGAUGCCGCCGUCUCCGCGACGACGACCCCGCCACUGCCGCCGCUGCAGAAGCGGGUGCUGUCGAGGAGCCACGGGUCCAAGGCCAAGCCGCUGGGCGGCUCCGUCGACCACCUGCCGCCGGUGGUGCCGCCAUCGUCGAAGAACGUCCGUGACAGUGGACCGCCUUCAGAGAUUGAUCUGGUGAAGGAGAAGUUCGCCAAGCUGCUGCUCGGCGAGGACAUGUCCGGCACCGGCAAAGGUGUCUCCUCCGCUCUUGCUCUCUCCAACGCCAUCACAAAUCUCGCAGCUUCGGUAUUCGGGGAGCAGCGCCGGCUCGAGCCCAUGUCUGCCGACCGGAGAGCUCGAUGGAACAAGGAGAUCGACUGGCUGCUGUCGGUCACCGACCACAUCGUCGAGUUCGUCCCUUCGCAACAGGCGUCCACGGAUGGAACCAGCAUGGAGGUGAUGGGUACCCAGCAGCGCAGAGAUCUUCUCAUCAAUAUCCCGGCAUUGCGAAAACUCGACGCCAUGCUCCUUGAGUAUCUUGACAAUUUCAAAGAUGAACAAGAAUUCUGGUACGUAAAAAAAGACGCAGAUGAGGGUGAAAAGGGCGAUGCGCCAAGACAGGGCGACAAGUGGUGGAUCCCUACAGUUCGAGUCCCUCCCGAGGGUCUGCCAGAUGCGUCGAAAAAAUGGAUUCUGCACCAGAAAGACCUUGUAGGGCAGGUGCUGAAGGCAGCCAUGGCUAUCAAUGCUGAUGUUCUUACAGAGAUGGAGAUCCCGGGAGAGUACAUUGAAACUCUGCCUAAGAAUGGAAGGUCUAGUCUUGGAGACUCGAUAUACAAAAUUAUAACUGAUGAUCAUUUCGAUCCCAAUGAGCUCUUAAGUUCUGUAGACUUGUCGACAGAGCACAAGAUCGUCGAUCUCAAAGACCGAAUUGAGGCCUCCGUUGUAAUUUGGCAGAGGAAAAUUUCCAAUAAGCUUUCCUGGGGCCCCGGUGUUAGCUUGGAGAAGCGAGAGCAGUUUGAAGAGCGGGCGCAAACUGUCCUACUCAUCCUCAAGCACCAGUUCCCUGGGGUUCCUCAGUCAUCACUUGACAUCAGCAAGAUACAAUACAACAAGGAUGUUGGGUAUGCCAUCUUGGAGAGCUACUCCAGGACUCUUGAGAGCUUAGCCUUUGCAGUUUUAUCUCGGAUCGAGGAUGUUCUUCACGCUGAUGCCAUUGCUAGAGACCCAAAGCGCACGAAAUCAAGGAGAAGGCCCAGUCUAGUUGACAUCCCCGAGAUCAUUGACAAUGCACUGGAGGAAGAGGAGACUGUGAACAGCAUAGAUGCCAAUUCACAAGUGACCAACAACUCUAUUCACUGGCAAGAGCAAGAACACGAGGACAAAGGCGCGAGGCUGAGGAAAGUCCACCGCAUGGUCACAAAGAAACUUUUGCACAUUGAGAAAGUUGAUAAUUUGGGGGGUGGGUUGAAAAGCUUUUCUCAUAGGUAGCUGUAGCCUGAAAAAAUGGUCAGACAGCUGCAUGCUUGGUUGUGCUACCGGGGGGAGCACCUGUAAAUAGCUCAAACUUCAGAGAGGCUGGAUGGGUUGUAUUGGCGAUUUGGCGGUGUAAUCUGCUCAUCUCAGUUGAGAUGAAAUCAGUAUGCAUAUUUCACGGCCUCAUUUUGGUUGGAAAAUUUUUGCAUGAAUA